AUGGCGUUAGCAGUUAGGCAACUCGCUGCGGUGUACGAACAAGUGGAGCGCGCCAAGCUGGAGCGGCUGCUGGAAACGGAGAGAAUGCGGAUGGAGCUGAGCAAAGACAUGGAAGCGCAGAUGAUGCAGAUGCAAGUCGACAUGGCGCGAGCAAGCGGUGCUCCUAGGUACAGUUUUGAUGCUGGUGGUGGUGGUGCUGCUGCUGCUGCUGCUGCUGCUCCUGUUGGUGCUGGUGGCGCUGGCGGUGCUUGUGGUGGUCUUACGGAUGGGCUGGUGGGUAGCAUCCAUGAGGAUUGCGUUGGUGGUGGUAACCAGAAAGACAGUCUUGAUGGUGGGAAUCAAGAGCCAGUGAGCAGCAGCAGGCUAGAUGAUACUGCUGGACGUGCAGCUGGUUUUGAUGGCAAUGGUGCCAAUGGUGGUCAGGGCCUAAGUGGUUCAGGGAAAGAGGAGACAUUCAACUUCUCGACGCCUGCAGGGAACAUGUUGAAUCCGUCAACCAUUGAGAGUCCUCCCGGUUGCGGUAAGGGUACACAGUCUCCCAUCAUCAAGGAGGAGAACUGCCUGUGCCAUCUAGCCACCGGCGAUAUGCUCAGAGCAGCCGUCGCUCAAAAAACGCCGCUGGGCAUCAAGGCAAAAGAGACCAUGGAGAAGGGUGAGCUCGUGUCUGACGAACUGGUGGUGGGCAUUAUCGAGGAAGCUAUCAAGCGGCCGUCCUGCAGCAAGGGUUUCAUCCUUGACGGCUUCCCUCGCACGGUCGUUCAGGCAGAGAAGCUUGACGCGAUGCUGGAGAAGAAGGGUCAGAAGAUCGAUAAGGUUCUCAACUUCGAUGUUCCUGACGCCGUCUUGGAGGAGAGGAUCACCGGCCGGUGGAUCCACCCUGCCAGCGGACGUUCCUACCACACCAAGUUUGCUCCUCCGAAGGUUCCUGGAAAGGAUGAUGUCACUGGCGAGCCCCUGAUGCAACGGAAAGAUGACAAUGCGGAGACUCUUCGCAGCCGACUGGCGGCAUUCCACAAGCAGACCUCACCAGUCAUUGACUACUACGCUGUUAAGGGCAAGGUUGCCAACUUGCAUGCAGAUAGGAAGCAGGAAGAAGUUACUGCUGAGGUUCGCGCUGCCAUGAAAUGA